AUGAGGCAUGUAGACGCGUUGAGUCGAGUUCGUUGUUUGAUGUUAGAGGACUCCCUACAGCGCAGAUUGCGUCAAGCACAGUUAAUGGACCCUUGGGUGAAAGCGGUUGUUAAAGUCCUGGAAAAGGACAGUUAUGAAGACUUUUUCGUGAAACACGGGGUGCUCUAUAAAGAUCCCAUUAAGGAAUUGAUAGUUGUACCUGUGUCAAUGGAAGACGAGAUAAUAAAAAUGGGACAUAAUCAAGGUCAUUUCUCACCAAAUAGAACCAAAGACAUAGUCGAGAGAUCAUUUUAUAUACCACAGUUGUUAGCUAAAGCAUCAAAUGGGGUUGUAGAUAAGCUGAAGCGACAGGCAGCAGUCUUUGGGAAUCCAAGACGCAUAAUAACUGAUCGAGGCGCUGCAUUUACGUCACAUUUGUUUUCUGAAUAUUGUGAGAGCGAGGGCAUACAACAUUUAAUGAUAGCUACAGGAGUUCCGAAGGGUAAUGGCCAGGUGGAGCGUAUCCACAAAAUCGUGAUACCAAUGUUAUCUAAGUUUUGUGUAGAGAAUCCAGCCCAGUGGUACAAGCAGUUAGAUAGAGUGCAGCAAGCGAUUAACAAUACCCCACCUAGGAGUACGAAAGUCUCACCUUUUAGAUUGUUGACAGGUAUUGAAAUGAGACUGAGUGUGGCACCAGAUUUGAAAGAGUUCUUAGACGAAGAAGCUAUGGUAGAGUUUGAUCAGGAAAGAGAAUCCCUGCGCAAAGAGGCGCAAGAGAAUAUUAGUAAAAUCCAGCAAGAAAAUCGGCGUAACUUUAAUAGGAAGCGGAAACAAGAGCCCAAGUACCACGUGAAUGAUUUAGUAGCAAUUAAGCGGACUCAGUAUGGUGUAGGGCUUAAGUUGAAGCCGAAAUACGAGGUGCGAAAGGUUGGCGAUCAUGAGGGUCCUAGACAAACAUCAACUGUUGCUGAACAUAUGAAGCGGUGGGAGCGACCAACGGAAUUAUAUAACAGCCCAUCAUUCGAGCCGAAUGAUAAGUCAGGAGGGCCGAAUGUGGGAUCCGAAUGCCGGACUAGAAGUGGUCAACAAUACAACGCUGACAAAAAAACACAAUGA